AUGUGGUGUGUACGUACGAUAGCACGCAAUUUAACCAAAACCACGUCUCAAAUAAACUCAAACAAACCGGGGUGUGUUUCACGCCUGUUGCAUUCACACGCCAGCCGCCGCCGUUUCCUCUCUGCAGUCGUUACUAUCACAGAAACUAGAUACAUGUCCAGUCAACCCAAGAGGCUCUGCACCGAAAACAUGUCUGUUCAGAAGAUCGGAACUCACAACGGCACCUUUCAUUGUGAUGAAGUGCUGGCUUGUUUCUUCCUCCGCCAGCUGCCCGAGUACAAGGAUGCAGAGAUCAUUCGGACCAGGGACCCGACAAAGCUGGCACAGUGUGACAUUGUUGUAGAUGUGGGAGGAGAGUUUGACCCCAAGAAGCAUCGCUAUGACCACCAUCAGAGGACCUUUACAGAGAGCUUCCACAGCCUGUGUCCAGAGAAGCCAUGGGUGACCAAGCUUAGCUCAGCUGGCUUGGUGUACCUACACUUCGGUCGUCAGCUGCUGGCCCAGCUGACGCAGCUGAAAGAGGGUGACAGGCAGCUGGAGAUGCUCUUUGACAAGCUGUACGAGAACUUUGUGGAGGAAGUAGAUGCUAUAGACAAUGGCAUUUCACAGUUUGACGGAGAGGCCCGCUACUCCAUCUCCACCACGCUGAGCGCACGUGUCGGCCACCUGAACCCACGCUGGAACAGCAAGAGUCAGGACACUGAGGAGGGUUUCAAAAAGGCUAUGAAGAUGGUUGGGGAGGAGUUCCUGGACCGUCUGGAUUUCUACCAGUCCUCCUGGCUGCCAGCUCGCACGGUGGUGGAGGAUGCUGUUAAGGAGAGGCAUCAGGUAGAUCCCAGUGGGGAGGUAGUGUUGUUCUCCCAGGGCGGUUGUCCCUGGAAGGAGCAUCUGUUUGCCCUGGAGAAAGAGCUCCAGGUGGAGACACCCAUCAAGUUUAUCCUUUACCCCGACCAGAAUGGACAGUGGAGGGUCCAGUGCGUCCCUGCCGGGCUGAACACCUUCCAGAACAGGCUGUCCCUGCUGGAAGAGUGGCGCGGUGUUCGUGAUGAAGCACUGUCGGAGCUCAGUGGGAUUAAGGACUGCAUCUUCGUCCACGCUGGAGGCUUUAUUGGCGGGAACAAGAACCAGGAAGGAGCCCUGGAGAUGGCCCGGAGGACCCUGCAAGCCGCCGCCAAGUCCCCUGCAAAUGGAAGCAGCUGAAGGGUCAGAGAGGACAGCCAAGAGCACAUUUUGUUUCUCGGGGAUGGGGAUGGUAUGGAAAUGGCAGCCAAAUAACCUUGGACCAGUUCCCUAAUUACCUAUAUUCCAACACAGACUCACUCUGAAUCAUAAUGUUGACUCAAUGUCAAUAUUCUCUUUCUCUCUACCUGUUCUUAUAAAUGUAGGUCUGUUUUGUUGUUCAUUUGCAAUAAAAGACUAUUUGGAUUACAUUCUGCCCUCAUAAACAUUUCAGUAUUCGGUUAAAUCCUGCAAUAAAGCAAUUGUUUUUCUAAUUAUG